AUGCCACCGCCACCCCUACAACUUCCACCCUCCGCCACGGCAACUGCAGCUACCAAGUCAUUUAACUCGAAACUAAACCGGCUUUCCUCACUAGGAGAAUCCCACCAAGUUCUCCGGACUUAUAUUUCAAUGCUGAAAUCCAAUGUUGCUCCAGACCCCUUUACUUAUUCCAGUCUCCUUAAAGCCUGCACUGCGCUUAACCUUCAAUCUCAAGGACUCUGUUUCCACCAACAUGUUAUCGUUAAUGGGUUCUCUUCAGAUCCUUAUAUUGCAACUUCUUUGAUAACUUUAUAUUCAAAAUUAGGACAUAUUAGCAGUGCUCGAAAAGUGUUUGAUGCAAUGCCUGUGAGAGAUAUUGUUCCGUGGACUGCUAUCAUCGGGAGUUAUUCACGAGCUGGUGAUAUUGAUUCUGCGUUCUUUAUGUAUAAUAAAAUGCAAUAUGAAGGAAUAAAACCCAGCGCUGUUACUGUUCUAAAUAUGCUUUCUGGGAUUUCAGAGAGUGAUCAGCUGAAAUGUUUACAUCCUUCAGUGGUGAAGUGUGGACUUGAGUUUAACGUAGCUUUGAUCAAUGGCAUGUUGAACGUGUAUGGGAAAUGUGGAAGAGUAGAAGAUGCUAGAAACUUGUUUGAAUUAAUAAAUGACAAAGAUCUUGUUUCAUGGAAUUCUUUGAUUUCAGUUUAUGCUUCAGUUGGGUAUAUGAGAGAGAUUUUAGAGCUUUUAGAUAGGAUGAGAAUUUCUGGUAUGGAACCUGAUCAACAGACUUUUACAUCAUUGAUUCCUACAAUUGCUAAAGAGGAUAAUAUCAGAUUGGGAAAAGCAGUACAUGGACAGAUACUCUCUGCUGGUCUUGGAUCAAGUGCCCAUGUUGAAACCGCAUUGAUGGGAAUGUAUCUGAAACAGGGCAACGUGAACGAUGCACACAGAAUUUUUGACACAGCAAAAGAAAAGGAUGUGGUUAUGUGGACAACAAUGAUAUCAGGGCUUGUACAGAAUGAGCGUGCUGAUACAGCAUUGGAAGUCUUUAGGCUGAUGUUAAUUUCUGGAGCGAUGCCAUCCAGUGCUACAUUGGCGAGUGCUAUUGCAGCUUGUGCUCAGUUGGUGUCAUAUAAACUAGGGACUUCACUUCAUGGCUAUAUCAUGAGGCAAAAUAUAGCUGUUGAUGUUCCUUUCCAAAAUGCACUUGUUACUAUGUAUGCGAAGUGUGGCUACCUAGAUCAAAGUUUUGUGGUUUUUCAGAUGAUGCAGAAAAGAGAUGUUGUAUCCUGGAAUGCAAUUGUUGCUGCUAAUGCUCAAAAUGGGAAAUUAAGAGAAGCUUUCUGUUUGUUUAAUGAAAUGAGAACAGCUCUUAUAAAGCCUGAUUCAGUCAGUGUUGUCUGUCUUCUUCAAGCUUGUGCUUCUAUAGGGGCAUACCAGCAAGGGAAGUGGAUUCACACCUUUGUCAUUAGAAGCUGUCUUGGACCAUGCAUUAGGAUUGACACAGCUUUGGUUGAUAUGUAUUGUAAAUGCGGUAACUUGGCUAUUGCUAGGAAGUGUUUUGAUAACAUGCCACGGCAUGACAUAGUUUCGUGGAGUACAAUUAUUGCGGGUUAUGGUAGUCAUGGCCAAGGAGAAACUGCUUUGGAGAUGUACUCAAGGUGUCUGCGAGAUGGGUUCAAGCCAAACCAUACUAUUUUCUUAUCCAUUCUCUAUGCCUGCAGCCAUAAUGGGCUUAUUGACCAGGGAAUAAGGUUGUUUGAGUCUAUGAUAAAUGAUUUCCGGAUUGAACCUGAAUUUGAGCACAAUGGGUGCAUUGUUGAUCUCCUUUGCCGAGCAGGUAGGGUAGAAGAUGCAUAUGACUUUUAUAAGAAAAUGUUUCCUGAACCAAUGGCUGAUGUUUUGGGCAUUAUACUUGAUGCAUGUCGAACAAAAAGAAAGACGGAGCUUGCUGAUACUGUUGCAAAAGAAAUUUCACUUCUGAAGCCUGUAGAUCCUGGAAAGUAUGUGCAAUUGGCACACAGCUAUGCUUCAAUGGCCGAUUGGGAUGGUGUAGGUGAAGCUUGGGGCCAGAUGAAAUCUCUUGGUUUGAAAAAGGUUCCAGGUUGGAGUUUCAUUGAAUUGCAUGGAACAAUCAUGACAUUUUUCAGAGGCCACGUUUAUCAUCCCCAAUAUGAUGAUGUAGUGUUGGUUACAAACAAUUUGAGCAAGGAAAUCAGAGAACUAUUAUUAAGUCCAAACCAUGAAGACUUCAUGGUAGAAGUUACAUAAUUUGGACAAUGAAGAUUCCUAUCUUGCUAGGACAAUGUUAUUUGUGGGGUAAAAUCAAAUGACAACCAAAAGCCUACAGCAAGCUAUCAUGCUCAGGCACAGGUGAUGGAAGAAUCAAUGUGUCUCAGUAGAUAGAAUGAAUAUCGUUGCAAUCAUUCACCCUCUAAUGAUGUUAAGCUGGAUACAUGCCAGGUUCAUUCUAGAGCGGGCUUAAGCUAUAUCAGAAUAGUGUGUUAAGAUAUUAACGUACUGACUUAAUUGAAUUUCCUCCUUAUUGGCACUGGUGAUAAGGCCAUUGCAGCAUGAUUUCUUGUAAAUAUUCUAGGGUUUGAAGACCAUUACAGCAUUCUUUUCUUGUAAAUACACCAGGGUUUGAAAGAUUAAUGUUUGGAGGUGGUACUUAAGGCUGCUCCGUGAAGGUUUCCUGAGAUGGUAAAUGUAUUAAUUGUGACUGGCAAUACAAGUUUGGGAACCACAAAGCUCGGCCCUUGUUGAGAGACCUCUUUAACCACGUUUAAUUGGUUAUAUGUCUGAAGGAUAUUCUUCCAGUAGCAUAUCAUGGUUAUGCAUAAAUCACAGUCCCUUCUGUUGAAAUGUCCAGCCAAAUGCAUUUCAAUGCUAGGUAUGGUAACAUUUUUACCUGUAGUGUAAGUGCAGAUUAUUGUAACUUGUUAUAUGACAGAGUACAGAGUACUGAUGCAUUCAAUAACCACAAGUACCAUCCAAUCUUGA